AUGCCUCCUAAGAGAAAUAGCGUUGCGGGGAAUCGAAAGCGAGGUCGCAGUCGUAGUCCUCGUCGGGAAAACGACAGCGAAGGGGUUCCUUCAAGUGAGGAGGAGGGUGAGGACUUGUACGAUGAAAAUUAUAUGCGAGACUAUUUGGCACCCGACGAGGAGAGUGACCUGGGUGAGGACGACGUCGAUGUCGAUGACUUCAUUGCCGAUGACGACAGCUCGAUCUCCGAACUCUCGUUAGCCGGCCGUCAGGCGGUGGACGCGCUAAUCGAGCGGCGCCAACUCAUGGAGCGACGCCUCGAAGAGGAGGAGAACCGGUUUAAAGCCGGCAUCUUUGACGAUCCCGACGAGGACGAUUCCUUUCUCGGGUACGACGACGACUUGACGGGUCCGGACGAGGAGGAGGAUGGUGGGGCCAAGGCCUCCGAUGGCGAUAGCCGCCAUGAGGCAGGCCGUCGUGGGGACCUCAACACGGACGAGGGCGGGAACCCCGAGGACAAGAUUUACCUCCGCGGUGAUUUAGAGUCGUCGAGUUUUGACUGGCGCCAUCCGCAAGGGGAUCUCGUGGAGUGGCUUUCCCAGGAGCUUCCACGUCGUGUGGUAAAGAAUCGAAUUUAUAAUUUUUAUAUCAACUACGUCGAGAACGGUAUGAGCGUCUAUGAACUGCGUCUCAACGACAUGACGCGUGAAAAUGAGCAGAGCAUUCAGCUCAGCUAUGGUCAUCUAAGUAAAGUCUACGACAGCGUCCUGGCGCUGUGGCUGGUGGAUGCGCCAGACCUGAUGAUCGAGCUCUUCGAUGAGGCCGCCAACUACUUUACCUUCAAGCAGUACCCCCACUAUCGCAAGGUUCAUUCGAAUAUUUUUGUGCGCAUCUGCGAUUUGCCGCUUUGCGAUUCAAUCCGCGAUUUUCGCCAGAUCCACAUGAAUGUUCUGGUUCGCGUUCAGGGUGUUGUGAUUCGCCGCUCGCCGGUUUACCCGCAGAUGCACACCGUCAAGUAUGACUGCGUGCGCUGUAGUUAUAUCAUCGGCCCCAUUUAUCAGCGCGGCGAUAAGGAGCAGCGGGUGAGCAUCUGCCCCAGCUGCCAUAGCAAAGGGCCCUUUCGCGUGAAUAUGGUGCUCACCGAGUAUCGUAAUUACCAGACCAUUGUUCUGCAGGAAUCGCCUGGAAAGGUGCCGCCAGGGCGUCUGCCGCGCAGUCUGGAGGUGGUCCUCACAAACGAUUUAAUCGAUCGCGCUAAGCCGGGCGAGGAGGUGGACGUCACGGGGAUUUAUCGCAAUAGUUUUGACCCCCUGCUCAACAGCCGCCAGGGCUUUCCGGUCUUCACGACGGUACUCCACGCGAACAACGUGAUUCGGCGCACUGUGGAGAUCGGCACCUUUCGGGUCCCCGAAGAUGAAAAGAAUCGGAUCGUAAAGCUUAGCCAGCACCCGAAGAUUCGCCGCAAGCUGAUUCGCUCGAUCGCGCCCAGUAUCCAUGGCCGUGAGGACAUCAAACUCGGGCUGCUUCUUGCGAUGAUGGGCGGGAUCCCGAAGGACGUGGGAGGGGAUCAAUCGCAUCGGAUUCGUGGGGAUAUUAACGUUCUGAUGGUUGGGGAUCCGGGCUGUGCGAAGUCGCAGUUUUUGAAGUUUGUGGAAAAAACGGCGGAUCGCAGCGUUUUCACGACCGGCCGCGGCUCGACCGCGGUGGGGCUCACCGCCUCGGUCCAUAAAGACGGCGUCACCGGGGAUUUUGUGUUGGAAGGGGGAGCCCUGGUGAUUGCGGACCGCGGAUGCUGCCUGAUCGACGAAUUUGACAAAAUGUCAGACCAGGAUCGCACCUCCAUUCACGAAGCGAUGGAGCAGCAGACCAUAUCAGUGGCAAAAGGUGGUAUUAUUACGACGCUGUCGGCUCGUUGUUGUAUUAUCGCCGCUGCGAAUCCUAUUGGUGGUCGCUACGACCCGUCGUCGUCCUUUGAUACGAAUGUCAACCUGACCACGCCGAUUCUUUCUCGUUUUGACUUGCUUUUUGUGGUUCGCGACGAGGUGAAUGUUGUGCAGGAUGAGAAACUCGCGGCUUUUAUUUGUAAUUCUCAUAUCCGUAACCACCCGAGAUCCCGAGAAGAGGACCGACGGCGGCGGCGAGAGCUUCACGAGGAACUUUCGCGGCAGCGCUACGCCAUGGAGAAGGCCACGACGGAUGAGGAGUACAAUGCCUACAUGGUUCGUGUGCAAGAACUGCGCCGUUCUAUGGAAGUGCAAAACGAAUUUGAGGACGAGGACCCAAACACCGAUAAGCCUUUAUCGCAAGCGCUUCUGAAAAAGUACAUUUUGUACGCCAAGAGCUAUUGCCAUCCACGCAUUUCGAAUAUCGACAUCAACACCAUUCCUCGCCUUUAUACCGAACUACGUCAGGAGUCGAAGCAUGGCGGUAUUGCAAUCACCGUACGCCAUAUGGAGUCGAUCAUCCGAUUAAGCGAGGCCCACGCGCGAUUGCAUCUUCGGGAGUUUGUAAUCCAAGAGGACGUCACGGCGGCGAUAUCUCUCUUUCUCCGGUGUUUUAUUCAAACACAAAAGUAUAGUAUGCGGACUGGAAUGGAGAACCGAUUUCGUCGAUACUUGGAGUCUGACUUCGAGCCCAUCCCACUGAUUCGUCACCGUAUUAAGCUUUUAGUGCACGCUGUGAGGCAAUUCGAGCUUAAUGCCUCAGGUGGUAUCGAUCCAACCCGUGUGCAGAUUGACGUAGCGGAUUUAGCCCCAUCCACACAAAACGUCUCAAAGGAGGCUUUGGAGGCGUACUUUGAGAGUGAGGAAUUCAGAAAGGAAUACAGCCUCAUUAGGGACCCCAAAACCCAGGCUCCGUUGUCCAUUGUGCAUAUAUUCACUUAG